CUUAAGGCGAGGGAACUAGAACACUAUCUUCUGAAGAACAUUCAGUUUUGACUAAAAAUAAGCAGUGAUGAAAUAACAGAUCUGUUAAAAAACCUCAUCACCAUCACUACCACUCCAAGAAAAAAAAAAAAAAAGAAAAACAACCCAAAAACCAGAGAAGAUCUAAGAAUUAGAAAAGAUGCAGACUAAAGACAGCAAUCCACCAGACGGUGGCUAUGGAUGGGUUGUGGUAGUGUCAGCCUUCAUGGUGAUGGGCCUCACUGUUGCUGUCCUCAAGACUUUUGGUCUGUUCUUUGUUGAAAUCCAGCAGCACUUUGAUGAACGUGCAAGCACCACUUCUUGGAUCACAUCAGUAACCAUUGCUGUCUUUCAUUUAGGAGCCCCUGUUGCCAGUUCACUGUGUGUACAAUAUACCCAUCGGACAGUUGUGAUCACUGGAGGACUUCUGGCCUUUUCAGGAAUGGCAUUGGGAUUUUUUGGACUCAACAUGGUGUGGAUGUAUGCAACAACUGGCUUCCUACAGGGUCUUGGCAUUUCUUUUUCGUGGACACCAGCCAUUAGCAUUGUUAGCCGCUAUUUUUCUAAGAAAAGGCCUUUGGCCAAUGCUAUUGCCAGUGCUGGAGAAUGUGCCUUUGCAUUCAUGUUUGGGCCAUUUUUCCAGUGGUUGAUUAGUCAAUAUGGAUGGAAAGGUGCCCUCUUGAUCAUAGGGGGCAUCCAACUCAAUAUUUGUGUCUGUGGAGUACUGAUGCGUCCCCUGGCAAGCAGCUGCUUCCUUGAGGCCAGCCAUGGUGAAACUGAAGUACCACCUGGCAACGGUGCAUCCAGGACAGACAAAGAAGAUCAGUCUCCCAUCACGCACAAAACCUUCAACUGGAUGCUUGUGAGGCGACCAGAAUUUGUACUUUAUGCCAUUUUUGGUAUAUUAGCUGCCAUGAGUUUUUUUGUUCCUCCAUUAUUUUUAGUUCCACUGAGCUACAGCCUGGGAAUAGAUGAAUCAUGGACUGCAUCCCUCCUAUCCAUUUUGGCUAUGGUGGACUUUGGAGGCAGAUUGCUGUGUGGCUGGUAUGCCAACCUCCAUGUUACCAAAACCAUUCAUUUGCUGGCAAUGGCAAUUACAUUGAUCAGUACUUCCCUGAUGCUCUUGCCACUGGCUAACAAUUACCUUUCCUUGGCAAUAUUCACUGGCUUCUAUGGAUUCUUCUUUGGUACAACAGUCGCCAUUCACAUUACAGUGCUAGCAGAUGUUGUUGGCAUGCCAGAAUUUGACAGUGCCCUAGGACUUUUCAUGCUUAUUCGAAGCACUGGAGGUUUUGUGGGGCCUCCUCUUGCGGGUCUGAUUGUGGACAUGGCUGGAGAUUACAGAGCAGGCUUCUACAUGGCAGGAGCCAUUCUUGUCCUAUCAGCUGGAUUUUUAAUUAUUUUAGAUCGACUCCAACAGAGAAAAAUAAGAGGAAGCAAGAUUAGAACUAGACCAGAAAAGUCAAUGCUACCCUACCCGUCCCUCCAUAUCCUGAAACAUCAAACCAGAAGGUAUGGAGAGCACAAUGUAGUGGUGUGA